AUGGAGGCGCCCGCCGGCGUGGCCGCCGCUACAGCAGCCGCCGCCGCCGCCGCCGCCGCCGCAGCAGCAGCAGCAGCCGCCUCUGGCGCCGGCGCCGCCUCCAGCAACUCGAGCGCCAACGCGAGCAGCGCGGGCGGCGGCGGCGGCGGCCCGCCGCCCGACGAGUGGUGGUUCCCGGGCCCGCGCUCGCCCUACACGCCUGCCGAGGCGGUGCUCAUCGCGCUCGUGCUGCUCUGCGUCAUCGUCGGCACCGUCGUGGGCAACGUGCUCGUCUGCGUGGCCGUGUGCCUGGUGCGCAAGCUGCGCCGGCCCUGCAACUACCUGCUGGUCUCGCUGGCCGUCUCCGACCUGUGCGUCGCGCUGCUCGUGAUGCCGAUGGCGCUGCUGUCGGAGAUCUUCGGCGUGUGGAGCUUCGGCCCCGUCGCCUGCGACCUGUGGGUUUCGUUCGACGUGCUCUCGUGCACCGCGUCCAUCCUCAACCUGUGCAUGAUCAGCGUGGACCGCUACUACGCCAUCACGAAGCCGCUCGAGUACGGCGUGCGGCGGACGCCGCGCCGCAUGGUGGCGAGCGUGGCGCUGGUGUGGCUGGGCGCCGCGUGCAUCAGCCUGCCGCCGCUGCUCAUCCUCGGCAACGAGCACGAGGACCCGCACGGCCUGCCGCAGUGCCAGGUGUGCCAGAACUUCGCCUACCAGAUCUACGCCACGCUCGGCUCGUUCUACAUCCCGCUCAGCGUCAUGAUCGUCGUCUACUACAAGAUAUUCCGCGCGGCGCGCAAGAUCGUGCUGGAGGAGCGGCGCGCCCAGUCGCACCUGCGGGCGCACUCCUACCUCGAGAUCAGCGUCGGCAACGGCGGCGGCCCGCCGGAGACGCGGCUCGCCGCCUCCGCCGCGACGGCGGAGGCGGACGCGGCGGCGGCGGUGGACGGUGCCGCCAACGGCAACGGCGCCACCCCCGCCGCCGACGAGCAGUCGUCGUCGUCGCCCGCGGUGAGGGCGCAGCACCAGCAGCAGCAGCACCGUCGUCUCUCACAUCAUGAAUCUUAUGCAAACUUCACUGUGGACGCAUGUGUCCACAACUGCUCUCGUCCUGCAGCUGACGGAAAUAGCACGCCCGUCAUCAGCGGAGAAGACGCAGGUGAGCGGCGCAAGCCGACAGUCGUCAUAACGCCGGCGGCGGCGCGCUGCCAUGUCUCACCGCCGCCAAGACACUGCCCAGCUCAGCUAGGCAACCCAGCAGAACAGCGCUCAAGGCCCACGAGCGCCUUCCACGACACAUGUACUAUUCACUGCCUCACCUAG